AUGAAUGUGCGCCUGUCGAAGCUUCACGAUAAGUUUAUGCGGCAUGAACUAGUUCAAAAUCCCGAUUUCGAGAAGUUUAUUACGGAGGAAUCGAUUUCUGGCGAUCAGUGGACUUUGCGUCUGUCUUAUACUGAUCAAAAUCACGCGCGUAUAGAAGACCAUUUUGACAUUCAAGUGAUCGAUCACCAUUCCCUCCCUCAUGUGACAUGCAGUCUGACACGGUUCAUGCACCGUGGUGGCCUUCGAAAGGACACGAGGGAGGCAUUAUUCAAGCCAGGGAAAUGGCUUGGUCCAGAGCUAGUUGUCAACCCGAUUCAACAUCAGAGCAAAUCACCACGGCCUUCGUCGACCAGAAGCCUUGAACAUCCCCCUCUGACGACCGUUUUAACGACACAAGACUCACGAGAAGACUCACGAGUAGCUACACGCUCACCAUCUACCCUUACACAAUCCAAGCUCACCUGUAAACCGAACCACCGGACCACGCCGGCUUCCAUCGGGAGCAGCAAAAAUAACAAAAAAGAAAACAGCGUGGAGUACAGCAUUCUAACUAUUGUCAAAGCAUUCGUUAAGGUCAUCCAGAUUCUUGUGAUACGAAGAUGUUUCCGCAGGACUAUUGAAAAGAACCCUUCUUGCCAGAGUGUGUCGCUCCUAAAUACGUGGGAGAAAUUGCAAAAUCAAAACGUUCCAGUAGACGAUGUUUACUCCAAGACGAGUUCUCAUAUUAAGAAUCUUGAAAUCGGCGUAGGCUGUACCAAAAAUGUGGCUACCUACAUUGCUGGUGUGAGGGACUUGUAUGGUUUGGACAAGACGGACAAUCCGCCACCCAAGCUACUGGGGAAGAAACCAUUCCGCUACUCAACCCGUGAGGGCGUAGAUCUUGUCUGCCUGCAGCACGAAAAGGAUAUGUAUGACCAACUCCAACCCCUCCAGGGAGACGGCAUUUGGGUGCAUUUCAUGUUCCUUAGUUGGGCUGGACAACCAAUUCUUGACUGUGUUGACCCGGCGAUGAAAGCAGGUAUUGCCACCGCUGUUUCCAUGGCCUACAGAGCAGUGCACAAGUUGCGCGUUCUUCACCAUGACGCACAGCCCCGUAAUAUCCUAUACAAUACGACUAGUCGUGGGUUUAUGGUUGUGGAUUUUGAACGCGCAGAGUUCCGCUGUCGCCGGCCGUUGGCCUCAAUUGAGCCGAACCUGAAUCGGAAGAGAAAGCGUAGGGCAGUACAGAAACAAAAGAAGGACGACUUUGCGAGAGAGCUGGAGUCUGCCGUGGCAAAUGCAUUAAGUUGUGUCGCGAACUUACCCUUUUGA